CGGCCAUUUUGGAUGUUUGUGCUUCGUAGUAUUUCGCGAUGGAAUUUUCAAAACUCAAAUUACACUGUUUUUAUCGGAGUGUAUGAUAAGUAAGUGAAAUGCAAUAAAUGCUAUAAAUACCCUGCUCGUAUUGAUUUGGAUUUAAGAGCAAAAUUAGUGGUACGUAGGAACAUAUUUAGAUUUUGUUUUAUGGUGAAAAAAUGCGAUCUGUGUUUGUCGGCCCGUGCACAUGAAUGAGUGGCGGUAAUGAAUACAUGUUCUUACAAAAUGGCCGCCGUGAUACCAAGUGUGUGAAACGACAAUGGCGAACGUAACUGCAGUUAGCUCAACAGUGGUCAAGAAUAAUAUACUACCUGCACACGGCACAAUGUUUAGAAAGACUGUAUAUCCUGAUUUAUAAGAAGCCGUCUCCAUUGAUGGUUCAAAUAGUUACAGUCCCGUUUGACAACCCUAAGUUUUAGCGAGUUUCUUAGCACGGAACAGGCUUGCUUCUCUCCGUGAGUGACUUCAAGGGAAAUCGACUCACUAAGAUGGCACACCUAUUCAGCUACACAUCUUGUGUUAUGUGCAAGACAAUUCUUGGUCUUUGCCUGUUUUAUUCAAUCUUACUCAAAUGCGCUUCGGGAGCAAGCGUCAAUGUAGCUCUGUCGACAGUGUCUUGUUUACACUAUAACUCUCAAACGUGUCUGAGCAAUGACACCAACUGCAAUAGCAUACGCUCAUGCAGCGAAGAGUAUGACACCGAGGACCCAGACUUUGAUGAGAUGGAUCCCCACAAAUGCUUCGUGCUGUGGCACAACACAACGGAUGGGGCCGAGGUGAUCAUGAGGGGUUGCUGGCAGAGCACCGACUGCAUCGAGUCGGAGCGGUGCGUGUCCCAGGAAGACAGCACCGAAAACAACCGCUACUUUUGCUGCUGCUCAGGCGAUCUGUGCAAUCAGGACUUCAUUCAUGACCCGAGACCCAGGCCAGUUUCAACUGAAGAUCCUAUUCAAGAAAAUAUCGCCGUCUCGAAGAAGCAAAACCAGAACAACAUCAUCCUGACGACUGUGCUGUACACACUGGUCCCGAUCACCGCGUUCACAGUCAUCGUCAUCAGUGUGUAUUGGAUGUGUCGACGCUAUCGAUACUCACUACUCACAUCAGUACCAAACAGCGAACCUAGCCCCCUCUCCCCUCCGUCCCCUGUCCUCGGUCAUCGCCCCAUCCAGCUUCUGGAGAUCAAAGCUAGAGGGCGCUUCGGGGCUGUGUGGCAAGCGCAGAUGGGCCACCAGCAUGUCGCCGUGAAGGUGUUCCCGAUGCAAGAUCGGCUGUCUUGGAUCACGGAGCAGGAGAUCUACUCCAUCCCGCAGCUGCGCCACGAGAACAUUCUGUAUUUUAUCGGGACGGAGCGGCACGGGGAGGGCAUGGCCCAGGAGCUGUGGUUGAUCACGGAGUACCACCCCAACGGCUCUCUCAGCGACUUCCUCAAGGGGAACCUCAUCACGUGGGGAGAUCUGUGCAAGAUCUCGCUCUCCAUGGCCUACGGGCUGGCCUACCUACACGAAGACUUGCCGGCCAACACUAUGUACAGCGCCAAACCGGCUGUUGCGCACAGGGACUUUAAAAGUAAAAAUGUCCUCUUGAAGAGUGACAUGUCGGCGUGCGUCGCCGACUUUGGCUUGGCCUGUAAAUUUGAAGCUGGUAAAAGUCCCGGAGACACCCACGGACAGGUGGGAACAAGGCGGUACAUGGCCCCGGAGGUGUUGGAGGGCGCUAUUCAAUUUCAGAGGGAUGCGUUCCUGCGUAUUGAUAUGUAUGCCUGCGGUUUGGUGCUGUGGGAGAUAGCAUCAAGAUGCACUGCUCAGGAAGGUCCUGUGGAUGAAUACAUGCUGCCAUUUGAGGAGGAGGUUGGUCAAGCACCAACCCUUGAGGACAUGCAGGACAUCGUGGUGUCCAAGAAACUACGGCCAGUCUUCCGGGAAAGCUGGCUCAAACAUUCAGGUAUGCAGCUCCUGUACGAGACCGUCGAGGAAUGCUGGGACCACGACUCCGAGGCCCGUCUGUCGGCAGGCUGCGUCGAGGAGAGACUGGGCCAGCUACUUCGCUACAACUCCUACACGGCACCGCUGAUCUCCCUAACCCCAACUGCCCCCAAGGAAUCUAGUCUCUGAGAUUUCUAGGUUACUUGGGAGGGGGUCAGGUCUGGAAUUUCAUCUUGGAGAGGGCAAGGCCACUUUCAUUCUGCAAAGGGCACUUCCAUUGGAAAAUCAUAGAGUCUGAGGGAAACUUUUCAAGUAGCACCAAGACCAGGGCAACAGAGGCUUUGGUCUCCAUGGCCUCCAGGAAAAUUCCUAACCUGGGGGUUAGUGGUUAUGGGGCAUGUGACAAGCAACCUUCACGCAUUGCACGUAUUUAUCUUAUUAAUUAUGUCAAGCAUUUGAUGACGAUGUUAGGGCCAAGCACUGGUAUUCAGUCAAUAAAUCAUGUCACAGAAAGAAAAGUAAAUUACGACUGUACAAGUAACCCACAUUUAAAUAGAUAAUAUCUAUAUUUAUAUAUUAUUUAAGUACAAUUAUUGCUGCCUUUGAAUUCAGCAGAGACCAGGGCCCAAUUUCAUAGAGCUGCUUAAGCACAAAAUUUUGCUUAAGCAAAAAAAUUCUUGCUUAGUAAAA